GAAGUUGGAAGGCGUCUGGUAGCGACGCGUUUUGCGACAAAACGGCGACGAUGACGAGCUGCGGCCGAGACUGAGCGAAUCAGUGAGAAAAACUCGUUCACCGAGCGCGGACAACGACGGCCUCUGAACAAGCAUAACCACGGUUCCGACACACGGUGUGGGAGCAAACACGGUGACGACGGUCGGCGAAAAAUCACGUCCGUUCGACCACCGUUCGACACGAUUAGCAAAACGUCCCAAGCCCGAGGACUUGUUGGUACGGACUGCUCUGCGGUCACCAAACAUCCGUGUGUAUGUGUGUGCGUGUGUGUAUGUGUGCAUGUGCGUAUUUUAAUUUGCGCUUGCAAAACGGCUACAAAAGUUUGUUCCUUGUUUCGUGUUUGUGGUUUUAAGUUUUGUGCUAAUUUGCAACGAUUUUUUUCUUGUGCAAUUAGCAUUCGAAGUAAAUUUUAUGUUUUUCUGUGUGCAAAUUGUGUGACAAUGUUGGAAGGUUUUGUGUGAAUGCUUAAGCAAAAACCAUAAAGAAAAUUAUCGAGAAAAAAACAACACUUUUUAAAAGUGAAAAGUGCCAUCAUCGUACGAUUACUGUAGUGUAAACAUUUAAAUACAGCUCUACUGUGGUAUAUAACGUGUACGGUACACAUCCAAUGAAAUACAAAUCAUUAGCAAAGUGAAUAAGAAAAAGGUUAACAAACAAAAUAUUUGUGUUCUGAUCGGCUUUCAAACCAACACGGUGAACUAAAUGUUGGUCUAAUGAUUGAAAGUGACCAUCAAAACAUCGAAUCUAUUUUGAUGGGAAAAGUCUCAUAUAUGAAUCGAGUAACACUUUUUACCAAUUGUGUGGAAUUGUUCAAAUAACUGGUCUAACGUUCUAACUAGCGUGUACCAAUAAUAUCCUAAAAGCGCGUCCCGUGAUUCAACAAAUUAACAUCUGAACGUGAAAAUUAGUUGCGAGGCCAGUAUCAGCGCAACCCAUAUGACUAGUGUUUGGUGAAAAGUGAAAUAAAAAAUCACUCGAAUGCAAAACGAAAUGGUGCGCAUAAUGUAGAUCAGCUGACGAAUGUUGAUGUGCCCGGUGGUGAUAGGAAAAUAGCAGAAAAGAAAAGAAAAAGUGAUAAAAUGGAUCGAAAGAUUUUUUGAAACGAUGUGAUGUGGUUUGUUGUGGUGUGGUUUGCAAAAAAAAGGUGAAUUGGUGAAUUGUACCACGAUCGUGCCCGUGUGCAGUGUGAAUUGAAUUGGUUGCGUUUUUCGGGACCUUAGGAAUCGGGGUCCGGGAAAGAAAAGUAGCUUUGAAAAAAACAACAACAAACCGCCCCCGGGUGAAGCUAGUGCGCCGAAGGUCCGUACACGGCUCAUACCUCCCGACCAGGUCAGUGUGCGGGAGACGGCUGGCGUAACCAGUGAACCGCCCGUUCCCAAUCCUGGUGAUGUUGUAAUGAGAUACGACGGCCAAGAACUGCUCCAAUCUGACGACUUCAGUAGGCCGGCGAAGGGAAUGGCCUAUCAUCCAUUCCUGCAGCUACCGCGACCGACUGACUUCAGCGUCUCGUCGCUGUUGACCGCGGGUUCGCCGCCGUCAGCGCAAGCCCAGCAGCAAAACUCGCCGGCGGCGGCCGCCGCAGCCGCGGCCGCCAUCAACAUGGCGGCCACGGCAGCCAGCCAAGCGCCACCCGGUGCCGGCGGUCCGCCCUCCUACUUCCCGGCGGCCGCCCUCGCCGCCCUGUCCGGUGGGCCCGGUGCCGGUGGUCCACCGCCCUCCCAUCUGUAUCCGGGCGCACUGCUACCGAAGCUGCCGCCGCACCACCCGCACGCCCACCAUCCGCUCGGGACGGCGUACACGACCGCGGAGGAUGUGGUGCUGGCGGCGGUCGCCGCCCAUCAACAUCAUCCGGCGAUGCGGCCACUGCGCGCAAUGCAACCGGAGGACGACGGUGUGGUGGAUGAUCCGAAGGUGACACUCGAAGGGAAGGAGCUGUGGGAGAAGUUCCACAAGCUCGGCACUGAGAUGGUCAUCACCAAAAGCGGCAGGCAAAUGUUUCCGCAGAUGAAAUUUCGCGUGUCUGGCCUAGACGCGAAAGCAAAGUAUAUUCUGUUGCUCGACAUCGUGGCAGCGGAUGACUACCGGUACAAGUUUCACAACAGUCGGUGGAUGGUGGCAGGGAAGGCGGAUCCGGAAAUGCCGAAGCGCAUGUACAUCCAUCCGGAUUCGCCAUCGACCGGCGAACAGUGGAUGCAGAAGGUGGUCUCGUUUCACAAGCUGAAGCUUACCAACAACAUUAGUGAUAAGCACGGAUUUGUUGGCGAUGCCUCCACCGUUUGGACAAUCCUGAAUUCGAUGCACAAGUACCAGCCUAGAUUUCAUUUAGUUCGAGCGAACGAUAUACUGAAGCUACCGUACUCGACGUUUCGUACCUACGUGUUUAAGGAAACCGAAUUCAUAGCCGUAACUGCAUAUCAAAAUGAAAAAAUAACGCAAUUGAAGAUAGAUAAUAAUCCUUUCGCGAAAGGAUUUCGUGAUACUGGUGCCGGUAAACGGGAAAAGAAUACGGGUUUCAGUUGUUCUGCUUUCAGGCAAUCGCUGAUGGGACAGCGAAGCUCCGACGGUGACAAGCUCAGUCCGAGCUCCGUCAGCUCGUCGCGCGGUCCAGCUGGUUUGGACCACCGAACGAAUAGCAUAUCAGCGCUGGACGAUGACGACAAGUUGUUGGACGUGGUCGGACCACCGCAAAGCCCACUACUCUCGCUCAGCCAGCAGAUGCACCAUCAUGCGUCAGGAUGGUUUAACUUCGAGGAUGUGCAGCGUGCAGAGGAAGCGAUGCGAAGGCGCCUCCAGUCGGACGAGAACGAGCGGGAUGGUAGCGACUCGAACUGCUCGGACAGCGUGUCAGGAAGCACAGGUGCCUUUCGUCCGACCUCGGGCAGCCCGAAGGAAUCGUCCAGCAGUGCCGGAACAUCCUACCCCUCGCCCAACAUCUCCGUCGGGCCACCGAUUCACCCGCCACCUCACCUGCUGCCCUAUCUCUACCCGCACGGUCUGUACCCACCGCCGCAUCUUUCCCUGCUGCACAAUCCGGCUGCUGCGGCCGCGAUGAACCCGAGCCUGCUGUUCAACGCACAGCUGGCGCUUGCCGCCCAACAUCCGGCCUUCUUCGGGCACUAUUCGGGCCACUCGCCCACCUCGCCACUCCACGGUCUGAAGGGCCAUCGGUUCUCGCCGUACAGCUUACCGUCGGGGCUAGGGUCGGCCUUUGAUGCGGUCACGCCCGGUUCCAACUCGGCCGGCGCCCGUAGCCUCAGCAGCAGUCCACAUCCCCGCGCUGCCUCCAACUCACCUCCGACCCGACCCAUCUCCGUCUCGCCGACACCCACCCAACAUCCGACCUCGCCAACGACGGCGGACGCGAAUGCGGCCGCCAACAUGCCACCGGUCCCGAACAGCAGCAUAGCACCGCCCCCACCACCACCACCAAUACCACCCUCACAACCUUCCGCACCGACGGCACAACCACCCUCGGCCGCUUCCAUCAUGUCACCAGGUUCGGGUGGUCCACCACCGUCACUGGGACCGCCGCCACCCUCCUCCAACUCACCGUCGGAGCUGAAAAGCAUCGAAAAGAUGGUGAAUGGACUAGAGGUGAAGCACAACAUCAAUGGCAGCACGGUAACGGUCGACAGUAAUGGCGCGAAAAGUCACCAUCUUGCGCACGAUCAGUGACGUAUGGUGAGCGGCGAGUAUCAUGCCACUACCGGGCUGUAUGAUCGGGGCGCAUCCAUCGAGAGCGGUGGGGUCGGGAUCGGAGGUCCCAACCUUGACCAGGGCAUGUGACAGUUAGCGAUCGGUCCUGGCGAUGCACUCCACUACGGUUCCAUGUCGUAGUGCCCACGUAAGCACACCGGACGGUCCGUUUGUACAUAGCAGCAGGCACUGUUUUAGGGUCCCUUUUUAGUCGGGAGAAAAUCUCCUGAUCUCCUUACCAGCGACGCAGAACAGUGCAGUGUUCCGCAGCGUGUACCCGUGUCGCUCUUAACAUCCUUUCCGUUCUUUCCCUUUUUGUUUUCGUUACACCAUCGGUCACCACUCAUCGUCCGUGUUCCGUUUCUGUUUUUGAAUAACGCCGAAGCGUGUGUCACAACUUACCAAAGAACAUCACCGCUAUGAAGAGAACUCUCUCGCGGGAUCUGUGCGUGAGACAGAUCAGGCCAAGGGAAAUGAAUGCAUCGUUUUGAUAAUAAUUCCAUACACACCUGCAAAGAAGGAAUUUUCUACAGACAAAAACUACAUUCAGUUGAGUAGAUUCUUUUUCUGCUAAUGAAUACUUACAAAAACAUACAAACACUUACACAAUUACUCACUCGCCCGCAAAAUUAUUACUAAGUCACCCAUUUGUGGUGAUGAAGAAAUCACGCAAUCAGUAUAAACACACAAUAUGAAGCAAAAACGAUGAACGAAAAAAUUCACCACGAACACACGUCUCACGCCUCUCACAGUACACGCAAAACACGCUACAAAGGAUAUAAUGUAAUAAGUCGAAACAGAGCAAAACAUCUACCAAUAUCCGAAAGGAAAAUGAAGAAAUGUAAAUGUUGUACAUACUGAAGUUGCAGAUAACAGAUGAGAGAAGAAAAAACACCGAUAUAAUUAGCUUAUUAUCAAGAAAAACAACUCUCCAAACACAUCUGCAUGGGAAAAAGGUAUUAAAAAAAUCACAGAAAACAGCCAGAAGGAAAGCAAUACAAAUCUAGGCAAGAGUGGUAAAAGCAUAGAGGCAUGCAGAUUUUGCAUUUUGGUCCAUUCUUUCCAACACUAAAUUCGUAAGGAUUGUGCACCGAAGUUUUCCUACUGCCUGUGGGCCAUUACGUGGGCCAGCCAAGUGGAGUUAUUUAAUUUUCGUUUUAAAACAAACCUUUAUCCCCUCUCUCUCUCUCUCACACGCACACACAACCAAACACACUAAAAGUGUGAGCGUAAACCGUUUGACAGCUAUUCAGCAAAUUGCGAACUAUUCAAAUAAUGUUUAGAAUAGUUAGAAAAGUUUUGUCUCGCCUAAACAAAAAAAAAAGUUAAGAUCGUUUUAUGUUUAAAUUAAUACACUCAAAAGCAUUUGAUGAAAGUAGCCGACCCGAGGUGCAGUGAACAUUAUUUAUUAUCCAAUUGCUUUCCUUUCUCAUUCUUUCGGCCAACCCUUUGAACUGUUUAUCGCCUAGUUUUUGUUAACCUUCUGUUAAUUGUUGUUCUAUUACUCAUUAGUCUCUGUUCAGCAUCGAAACAGUGGAGGGUUUCUGCCUCAACACGAUCUUACCAUGAACGCCGUUCGACUCACCACAAGGUGUUGGUGUAUGUGUGCGUUGGCUGACAAGUGUGAUAAUUUAUUGAUUUACGAUAUCUAUUGCUGAUUGAAUCAUACACAAAAACAACCCUUUACCCUCUCACCAUCUCUCACCCCUUGGUUGGAGGAUGUAGGCGUCAUGAAUAGCAAAAAAAAAGCAGAGCUUAGUAGAAAUGUAGACAAAAUGGUGUUAGGUUUAUCGCUCACUAGCCACAGUAUCGUUUAGUUCGCUUAUACUUAUUAGCGUUGUGAGUUUGUUUUCAUGUGUUUCAACACCCAGGCAAAAGCAAAACAAAACCGAAUGGCAAAGCAAAACGUAUCCCGCCCUCCGCCGCAGGGUUGGUUUCCUAGGGAAGAAAAUGGCCGAACAGAUUGUAAAUAGAGUACCGUGAGUCGACGAGAAAGUGACACAAAAAUCAUUUCUGCUACACUGCAAGUUGUAUUUUUUAAUUUACCUUGACGCAAUAACAAAAAAAAAACAACAUUAGGGCAUGGCUUUAAUGGUAUUAUCAAGAAAGCGAUAACGAAGAAGUCAAACAAAGUUAAAAACACACAUAGAAAGUAAUGAAAGCAAAAAAAAACGCGAGGAUUAAAAAGAAAUAAAUUAAAAACAACAACAAAAUGCACACUUACAGUUCCAUUACUGUAACGCAAUGGGGAAAAGAAAUGAAACAAACAAAGAAACAAAUACGAACGACAAAAAUACACAUUUAUAAAUGCAUUUAGUGGAAUUAUUUGUCUGCGCUAGGACUAACCAACCUGCCCAGUGAUGGUUACAUUUGAUAGUUUGUAAUGGACAGACACGUGUGUGUAUACGUGCAACCGACACACUUACACAUCCGAGCGCAGAGGUAAAAAAUUGUUAAAAGAUACGAAUAAAAGUUGAAAAAAGAAAAGCAAAAUAAAACAAUUUAAAAAAAAACAAACGAAAUCAAAGUCAGUACAGAAAAGAAUGUGUGCACGUAAAACCAACAACUAGAACAACAACACAACCUUAGACUAUUUUUGUAAGUCGUAAAAGAGCAAUAAUUGAAGUAGUUAAGGCAGGAGCGAAGGUUAAAUAUAUAAAACUACAAACUGCAAAAGGGAGAAGAAAAAAAAACUGGAAACACAAAACAAAACACAAAAAAACUAUUUUAAGAAAUAAAAAUUCAAAAUAUUACAAAAUAGAAAAAAACUGAAACCUUA